AAUCCAACUGAGAAGCUAACUAUACUUGUCUUCCAAAUCAACCACCCUUCAUUCUUAAAUUUCUCCUUCAAAUUCCAUCAAAAUCAAAUUCAAAUUCAAUCAAUUACUCAAACAUGGCGAUGCCUUGGAGUAUGACGUUAUGGAUAUCAAAGAUGGUAUGGUUGGCACUUGCCGGUUGGAUUUCUUCUUGUUUAAUCGUAGCCGAUGAAGUUGCCAGCUCUAUUCGUACUGGUGAUAUUGGUGCCUUCCAUGUCGGUUGAUUUCUUCUC